UAUUGACAGCAGGAGAUCAUUUUUCAUUCAUUUCAUUUGAAAAUCUCAUCGGAGAAUUAAUGCUCAUUUGUCAUCUGGCGAAGUCGAAGAACGGAGAGUCGAAGAACGUCCGGCUGAUGGGAACUUGAAAUCAAAGAUUUUCAUCGAUUUUUAAAUUAUGGGAUCCGUGGAUCGCGAUGGUCAGGCUCAACCGAUGAUUCUAGAAAGUGGCGCGGUCUGUUCGAAAAUCGUUCGAACUAUUUUUGCCGCUGCCAGUUAGCGGUAGAGCGGGAAAUUUUUUGUAACAAUCGUUAACAAUCGACGAUAAUCUCCAAGAUUAUUUGAACGAUCCACCGGUCUACCAAGAUAUAAAAUUUUCAUUCAAAAACGCGCCAAAUUUUCUCACAUACGCGUAGAUCAGCGCAUUCAUGCUCGAUGAAUGCAGUUUCGAACCGAAUCGAUUCAAAAAAAGGAUGCAAAUUUAUGCAACAUAAUUCGUAUUGAUGAACAUUCGAAUAUAUUCCCUGACGAGAUAUUGUUACGGGCAAAUAAAAAAUGUAUGGUAGGAUUAACAGAGUUGAUAUAAGGCGAGCCUUUACGAUGGUAGGGAUCAGUCUGAAAGUGCGAGCCUUUCGAAGAGAAAGAAGAACAUGAAGCUGAGGAUUUGCAGCUCGCUUGGGCCAACGUUGCUGUUAUUUUACGUUGCCGUAACGCGGGCUAAGGAGUCAACCGAUAGAGUCGAAUGCAUCGAUGACGACCGAUUUUAUAGAAACCCAAAAACACCGGCGCACAAAAUUUGGACACAGGACGAAUGCGCCAAAUAUUAUCUAUGUUUAGACAACGAUGUCUUUGAAUUCAAGUGCUCGAACGGAUUACUUUUUGACGUCUCUCGUCAGAUUUGCGACUUCAAAGCUAACGUCGAUAAUUGCGACGUAAGUUUAGAGGAGAGGCCUCCGAAGCCGCUUCUAGAUAAUGGUAAGUGCGAAGAGGGAACCCUAGCAUGUGGGGAUGGGACCUGUCUUCCAUCCCUUUAUUUCUGCGAUGGGAGUGUGGAUUGUCCAGACGCUUCGGACGAAGCCUGGUGCGACCCCGAGAAGGACCGAAACGCAGCGUCGUCCUGUGAUAGUGAAAAAUGUAAAUUGCCGGAUUGCUGGUGUUCCAAAGACGGUACCAAAGUUCCUGGAAAUCUGAACGUCUCAAACGUACCGCAGAUGAUAUCGAUCACUUUUAACGAUGCUGUUAAUGCCGAGAAUAUCGACCUUUACGCAAACAUCUUUAGUGACGCUAGGAAAAAUCCAAACGGUUGUCCGAUUCGUGGUACAUUUUACGUAAGCCAUCAAUUUACAAAUUAUAGAGACGUUCAGAGUUUGUGGAACCGUGGGCACGAAAUUGCAGCCCAUUCCGUAACCCAUCGAGGUCCCGAGGAAUGGUGGUCAAGAAAUGCGACGAUUGAAGAUUGGUUCGAUGAAAUGGUCGGGGAAGCGAACAUCAUACACAAGUACGGGGGUGUGCGAAUCGAAGAGAUCCGAGGACUGCGGGUCCCGUUCCUCCAAGUCGGUUGGAAUCGUCAGUUCCUUAUGAUGUUGGAGUUUGGAUUCGCGUACGACUCGUCGAUCGUCGCACCCUUUAACGAUCCCCCCAUUUGGCCGUACACUCUUGACCACCAACCGCCGCAUGUCUGCAGUAGUCCUGGUCAGUUAUGUCCCACGCGAUCCUAUGCCGGACUCUGGGAGAUCCCCGUGAACGAGCUGCUGUUGGAGAACAAGACGUGUAGUAUGGUGGACUCUUGUACGCGCGAUCUGCGAGGUGAAGAAAUAUACCGAAUGUUGACGAUAAAUUUCAACAGACAUUAUCUGCAGAAUCGAGCUCCUCUCGGCCUUUACUUUCAUGCGGAUUGGUUCAAGAAUCCAUCGUCUCACUAUGCAUUCCUGAAAUUCAUCGACGACACACUGCAACUUCCAGACGUGUACUUUGUGACAAGUAAUCAGAUGAUUGAAUGGAUGCGAAAUCCAACACCGUUAAAUCAGUUGCAAAAUUUCCAGCCAUGGAAAUGUGGUAAGCGUCAUUUUGAGCCACGUGAAAUAGCAUGCGUUGUACCAAAUACUUGCAAAUUGUACAGUAGUGUGUUAAAGUCUGAUAGAUACUUGUACACCUGCUUCGAUUGUCCCAAACAAUAUCCAUGGCUCAGAAAUGAGUUUGGACUUAACUGAUGUAGCUGUUUAUGAAUUAUUCCUAGUCCUUGCCCUUAUCAUUAUUUGCAAACGUUGAAAAAUUCAAAUCUCAGUGAUUGGGUGUGGCGAAGUGUAUUAUAGAAAUCUACUUCUAAUUAUAAAUAGUUUGAAGAUGACUGAGUACCUUAAUUAGUUAUAGGAAAAAAAAUAUUUAUUUUUACGAGCAAUAACUUAUACGUUUAAACAUAUGUAUAGUGGUGAAAUAUUAGUGAACCGAGAUACUCAACAAGAGUGAUAUUCAUUACCUUGUUCUGGAACGUGAAAAUAAAUUGGAUUGUAUGAGUUACAUAA